AAAAUGUUAGUGAAGACCAAAGAGAGGAAAAAGAACUUGCAAACUUUUUCGCCAAUAACUUAAGCGCGUGAGUACCACCCCUUGUAGUUUGAUUAAUGUUUGAACAAAAUAUCGCUGCCAAGCAUGAAGCCAUGUGACUGCUGGCUGAUAGCUUUCUCUGCACGGGCCCGUGCUAUGCCUGGAGAAGUCCUUAUAAGCUUCAGUCGUAUUCGAAUCGUGAACGUUGGAGGACCUUCCUCUGACAACGACUUUUAGACGCGCAACGUGAUUCAGUGUUCAUUACAUUACCCCAUAUGACUGGUGGGAAUCGCACCCCAUGGCCAAGUGGGGCACUGAGAAGACAGAAAUCCUGUGGUGAUGGCUUCCUCCUGACCACUACAGUACGUGGUCGUGCCGAACGCUAUACUCACACGCUGCAGCGACAAUUUUCCGUGGACCAGGACAUGAGGCACUGUCAAUCGACCAUCAAGGACGACAAAGUCAACCCCGAAACCAAUUUCCGGACUCACGCUAAGAAACGCCAAACUCCUACAAAUGGAGAAGGUGUCUCAAAAAGCGAACAUCAAGCACCCAACAGCGACUUAUCAGAGAGGCUGAAAAAAGCACUAAACCGUCGUGAUAAUCGCAUUAAUCUCAACAUUGUCCUGACCCAAGUGCCCAACAUUCCUGAACCUGAAGCAAUUAAUGUGAGUGAUUCGGAGAGUCAAUCGAAUGAACUGCCUCAGGCUCCAGUUGAUUCGGAUACCACAAAAGAUGCACAAGAUGUUCUUCCUGGAGAAACGAAGAGCGCUCUCAAGUCGAAUGCGGGAAAACUGGUACCUCCAACAACUCGUGGUCAUCGUCCUCCACUUGUCAGGGCAAUGUCGGCUCCCAUUAGGACAACAGGGGAUGCCUCGCAGAAUCGCAGGAAGAAUUUGCGGAGACGAAAAUUUGGUCGAGAUCGAGAAGAGAAUCUCAUAAUCUCGUCGCGGAAGAAUCUCGAGCGCCAGAACGCAGUGGCAAGUGAUACAUCCCCUAUUCAGACUGCCAACGCAUGCGAUCGGAAGGGACCAUCUGUGGCUGCUGGGACCGCAAGAUCGUCCAUUGGAUGUGACAUUGUGACCCUGGUUUCGCUCCUCAGCUCAGGUGGGAGUGAUUCUGAGCGCGAGGAUAAUGGACAACCGAGCUCAGUGAGACAAGAAAAGAGCGCUACAGUAAGACCACCGUCGCUGAAGAAAACGGGCAAAUCUGUUUCCUUCCAAGACAACGAAACAGUUCCCUUUACAUCUCCCCCAAAGGACUUCUCCACGAUGUUCCGUCGUGGAUCUGUGGCACCCCUUGCAGCUCGGAUUCGAUCAAAUCGUCCUCCAACAGCACCACCAGGAUCCAUCUUCAUUACUGAUUACGAAAAAGGAUGUAGCGAGGAGAGCAUGUCCUUCAAGAAGCAACCUGUGAACACAGCAAGAAGUAAUUUUGUCAAAUCGAAGAUUGAGGACAAAUGCGCCACAAUUGAGGCAGAUGAUCAGAGUCCAGAAAAUCUAAAAACAGCCAAAGAACGUGAGUGCUGGAAACUCUUUCAGAAGAUGACAAAUCGAGGCAUUUCCGUGUCCUACGACACCAUCUUGCGGGGUAUGCUCACCCCUACGGAAUUGCGGAUGAUCCAAAAGAAGCAGGAGCUGGAGAAUGCCAAAAGAAAUUCUAUUGAGGAGCCCACAACUCAGGCCAAGGGAACCUCGUCGGCGGGAACUUCAUUUGGAGGCCCAUUGGCGAUUUCAGCACAAAAUCGUGAUAAAGUGAAGAAUGUUGUUAAACAGUGAAAUUUAGGUAUGUACAAUAUAUGUACAUAUAAAGAGGUGAAUGAAAUUAAAAGAAGUGAAUGGGAUCUCUAAGAGUAUUUGUCCAGGAUUUUGAGAAGAAUUUGUAUUGAUCCGAUUUACCCCAUUUUAUUUCUAAAGUAAAGUACAAAAUGUCCAAAGAUCGAAAAAAGUAUUUCGAUGAAUAUUGGGGUAUUUUGCUCAUUUGCCGUGAUUGAUAAAAUAUUUUAAGUGCUAAAUUUAAUUGUUGAAUUUUUGUUUUUCAAUAAGUAAGAAAAUAUGUUAAAUAACAACUAAAUGUAUAUAAAUAUUUAGCGCAAUAUAUUUGCUAUUGUUUGGCAAAGAAAGGAAAUUAUUUUUAGCGCAAAUUUUUGAAAUUGUUGUUUGUGCUAAUUUUAUAGAAUUAGAAAUAUAUUCAUAAAUGUUGCAAAUAGCUUUUAUAAAACACUGCCAAUGGCUUUUUGCAAAGAAAAAAAAAUAUGUUAAAUUUGUCUUUCAAAUGUUAGGUACUUAUUAAUAAAGUGGGACCAUAUUGAUUAAGUUCCAAGCAAAUAGAAGAAUAUAGCAAGGUUUAAUAUAAAAGAAAAAAAUAACUUUCAUUGCCAGAAGUCAUUUUUUUAAUUAACCUUAUUACUUUUUAAACAAAUGAAUGUAAACCAAUAUUUCUUAAAAGAAUGAAUGAAUAAAAUUUUUAUUAGUAUGCCCUUUGUAAACUGGUGCUUAAGGCUUUCUUAAAAAAAUAUAUCUGACGUCCCGUAUAAUAUAGAAAAAAAAACCUUUUUACACAAUGUGAAUAUACUUUCACUUUCGCAAAAUCUUUUUAUUUAAUUGACUUGUAAAGCAUAGGUACACAUUUUAUUGCAAAUUCAGAACUUUUAGCAUCAAACUAACGAAAAUGUUAAUUACUGAUAAAAAAAAAUAUGGAACUUGCACAGCACAAUAUGACAUUUAGCCUGAAAAGAUUGAGUAAAUUUUAUUAUUUCAUUACAUGUAUUUUGUAUUAAACUGCCGGGUUUCUUUUCUAACAAAUUCUAAAGAUAUAUUUUAAAAAAGUUUUUUUUUGUAAUUCUGCACAAAAACAUCCUGAUGAUACUGGCAAUAAAAGUGUUAAAAAAAAGUCUCCCGGCUCCAAUUGCAAAUCCUUUUUCUUUUAAUAACUAAGAUUUAUGCCUGAACGGAGGUUUAAAAUGAAGAAAAAAAUUGUGAGAUCACACGAAGAUCGCAAAGAGAUUGACAAUAUAAAAAACUCUAAAAGAUUAAAAACCAAAAAGAAAAAGAAAUAAGCAGAAAUAUGAAAAAAAAUGUUGAAGUCCAUC